AUGGUAGAAUCUUCAUUAAGUAUCACAGACGGUAUUGAAUGGUUGAAGCAAGAACAUCAACUUAUCAGACAAUUAUUCGAUUCAUGGCAUAACUCUCACAUACAGCACGAACGAAAUGCUAUCGUUGAAAAGUUUAUCAGUGAAAUCUGUAUCCAUGCAAGUAUUGAGGAAAGAUAUGUCUAUCCAUUAAUUGAGGAGAAAGUUCGUGGUAGAUAUGGUAAACUAUUAUCAGAUAGAAACUAUCUCGAUGACCAAUUGAAUAAGGAAAUGCUUCAAUUCCUAAUGGACAAUGUCAAUGAAUUGAAGAAUGAUAAUGAAAGAAACAUGUUCAAUAAGGUAGUUGAGAAAUUCAUCACCAUUGAAACUGAUCACUUGAAACAAGAGGAGGAUGAUGUCUUUCCACUCUUGAAAUUAGCACUCACAUCUCAAGAGCUGAAAGAAAUGUGUGACAAUCUCAAGAAUGGACGAACAUCAGCUCCAACUCAUCCUCAUCCAAUGAGCCCAAUGAAGUUUGGUAGUAAAAUCUUGCAUCCAAUUGCUGGAGCAUUCGAUAAGAUUAUGGAUAAUAUGGGAAUGGGUCUGAAUCAACAUUUAGAUUUACCUCCACUUACUGAAACAAUUGAAGAAUCUGUCAGCACUCAAGCAAAACCAUUAUUGGAAUUUGAUACUCCAACUACAAUUGGAAAUGUUGAGAGUAAGCAAAUGACUGAUGUACCAUUGACUACCUUGCAAGAACCAAAACAAAAACAACCAAUCUAUGUGGAGAAUGAAUCAAUUUUCGAUACUCCUUCUAAUUUGUAA